CUUCAUCUCCAUUUUUCCAUGGCCCGUUCCAUCUCACAAACCCUAAAUCUCAUCCGAUCGAAUUGCGCAACCACAACCGGCGCGUCCUUUCUCCCUCCCGGCGCCAAAUCUUCGUCAUCGGCGGUCGUUGAUUCAAUUCGUUUGACGUCCUCGCGGAGCGUUUCGAGCCAUCCCGACAGCUCCGUUAAGAAUGCGUCCGGCGACGUCUCCGAGGCGGAGGCAGUGGCGGUGCAGCGAAUCGAGGACGCCAUCCACCGGAUCAUAGUCCGCCGAUCCGCUCCCGAUUGGCUCCCGUUUGUUCCCGGUGCAUCUUAUUGGGUUCCGCCGCGUCGCGGCUCGUACGGUAUUGCCGACCUUGUUCAUAAGCUGUCCAAUUCGCUUUCCGAAGAAGAGGUUAUGGCCCUCACCACUGAUCGUGGCUGGCCGUCGUCCUCUUUUUUUGUAGACGAAACAAAUGCUGACCCCAAAAGCACCUCUAAGGAUGAGGAAGAAGAAGGAUAGACCUUAGCUUUGACUUAAUUGUUGUCUAAGGACUGCUGGUAUAAGCCGACUGUACAUUUAUGCUUCGCUUGGAGGGCUCUGUUUCACGAUGGAAGAUACACCUGUAAAUAUACCAACUGCUAUAGCCAAUUAGCCAUGGUGGCUUUGUAUUGUUCAUCCAACUUUACUGUCUUUCCCCUUUCUUUAUAACAUUGUAAUUAUUUAAUUUUCUGGUUAAAUUCCUUCUGUAGAAUUAUUAAAUUCCCCAUGAUAUAACAUGACAUUAAAAUAAAUUAUUUACUCUGGUUAUUUAAUUGUUGUUCUAUGUA